GACUGUCAAGAAUAGACUGCAACAAUGUAAGCGUUAAACCAUUGCUCUGUGGCCUACUGUACUGCACUGUUUGCAUCAAACAGAGAAACCUCACGGACCAUGGCCCACGGUGUGAGCUUCAGUGUCAACAUUUGUCAAAUGGAUUCUGACUAUGAUGACCUCGGAGAAGGUGAUCCAGGUCAGAACUCCUUCCAGCUCGUUGAACAGCCAGCAGCCCACACCAAUAAAUCUCCACAAAGGGAUGAUUUUAGGGAAUGCACAGACAAUGCAAUUGAUGGCCACAUGAGAGGCGAGACACUUGACAGGGAGCAGGUGUCCUCUCUGCAGAGGAACCGCUGGUCAGCUGCUACCCUAAAGGUCCUCUCCUCAAUGCCAAGUCGCACUGAAGGGCCAAAUAGUGCAUUAAUUUCCCGGCGUACCAGACGCUCAGGUCAGUCUCAGCUACACCAACACCAGACCUCCUCCCAUGUCUCUCCCCACACCUCCAGAACAAUCCAGGAGGACACUGUCCAGGCAGAUAUGGAGGAAAUCAGUACUGAAGAAAACAAGAAGGAGCAGUUGGUGUCCAACCUCCGAGGCCUCUCAGCGAGUGAGGGCAUGCGCAAGCUGCGAGCCAUGCCUCUUAGCCUGGCAGAUAAGAUGGAAAUCAGGCGACUUGCUUUCAGCGGCGUAGCAGAAAGUUCACUCUUCAGCAGAAAUAUCCCAUGCUACAGUCAUCUAAGCAUGUACAUCUCAAGGAAUUGGCGUCACUGCCUGUUCAGAUGCCUCCCCAUCCUCAGUUCCCUCCAGCUGUGGCAUUCUCCCAUGAAGAGACUGAGUGGACGUUUCGGAACCGGGGUGCUCUCGUACUUCCUGUUUCUACGGACCCUCCUGCUCUUUAACCUCCUCCUCUUUGUCAUCAACGGCCUGUUCCUGGUCUUCCCUCAAGCCGUCAAUCCCCCACCCCUUUAUGACUCUCAUCUGGACACUUUCACUGGCCUAGACCUUCUCACAGGCACGGGUUAUCUCUCUCAGAGUGUGAUGUUUUACGGCUACUACAACAACAUCACCAUCAAAACUGGCAAAAAAAACAGCUCCUCUGUUGGAUCACAAGAUCUGCCGGUCUGUGCAGAAGUCAAGUCCCAGACAGUGCCGUACAGCAUGCCUGCAGCCUAUUUCUUCACCAUCGUUAUCUCCUUCAUCACUGUUUGCAUCAUCCUGGUGCACAGCAUUUCCACGUCCGUUGGGAGAAGCUAUUGUGUCCUCAAGUCCAAUGGGGAUCUGCCGGCAAAGGUUUUUUGCUCCUGGGACUUUAAAGUCAGCAAGAAGAUGUCCGUCCGACUUCAGUCUGAGAAAAUCAGCACUCAGCUCAAAGAGCUGUUAUCUGAGAUGAUCAGUGGGGAAGAUGAAAAGAGCUGCAUGCAGAGACUCGGCCGCCUCGUAGUGCAUCUGAUUGCGUGGGCUACAUCUCUGGCGAGCAUCUCCCUGAGUGCCAUGGCAGUCUACCACCUAUCAGAGGCCACCAUUAAGCGGAGUCCAUUUAAAGAAACUGAGCUGCUGCUCUUGUCUGCUGUGGUGUCGGGCAUUAAUCUGUUGCUCCCCGGCCUCUUCAACCUGUGUGCUUGGCUGGAGAGUCAUGAGUCACCCAGUGUUCGAGUCUAUGUCUCCAUCUUUAGGAACCUGUUGUUGAAGGUCAGUGUUCUCGGAGUGCUGUGUUUCCGAUGGCUUGGAAGAAUUGCUGUGGAACCAGAAAGUCGUGGUAUACAGUGUUGGGAGAGCUUUGUGGGGCAAGAACUGUAUCGCCUACUCCUGAUGGACUUUAUCUUCACAGUGCUUUAUACUUUUUUGGGAGAGUACUUGUGGAGACUCUUUUCCAAGAAAGUGCUGAAAAGGAACAGGAAGCCAGUGUUUGACAUUGCUCGCAACGUGCUGGAGCUCAUAUACGGACAAACUCUGAUUUGGCUCGGGGUGCUGUUUGCGCCACUGCUUCCCGCAGUCCAGAUCAUAAAACUGUUUGUGCUGUUUUACAUGAAGAAGAACAGUCUACUGCUCAACUGUCAGGCGUCAAGAAAACCCUGGAGGGCCAGUCAGAUGACUACACUAUUCAUCUGCCUUUUGUGCUUCCCCUCAUUUCUUGGUGCUGCCGUGUCUAUCACCUAUGCAAUUUGGACGAUUAAACCCUCGUCGGGGUGCGGCCCUUUCAGGAAUCAGACCACAAUGUUUCAGUCAGGGCAGCUGUGGGCUCAGCAGCUGGAGAACUCCCACCCAAUCCUGUGCUGGCUCAGCAGGGCCUACAAUUCUCUGUUGGAGAACCCGUUGUUCUUAUUCCUCGCCAGCGGAGUCUUUCUAAUGGUGAUAUAUUUUCGCACUCAAGUUGUUGAUGGCCAAAGGAGAAUCAUCAGGCGGUUAGAAAAGCAAAUUGAAAAUGAGGGUAAAGACAAAAAGUUCCUCAUCACCAAAUUGCAAGCCAUUUAUGAAGAAAUCUGUCUGAUUUCCCCUAAUAGAUAAGUGUAAUGGCUGAACAACAUUCACAACAUAGCGAUGGCAAGCUAUCAUCAGUGACAAGCAUCUUCGCUUUAAUAUUAUCUCAUCAGUGAUCACUUACAAGCUGAGAACAAAAGCAAAACCAGUCAAGUUUGUUAUUUUCAAAUACAUGACAAUGCAUCACGUUUGGUGAGUUGUUAAUGUGCUGGAUGACACAAACACAAACUAGGUCUGGCUUUUAGCACUAUAAUUGAAUUAUUCUUUUUUUUUUUAUACAUAUGUAUGUCAGGAUGUGUAUAUUGUUUAUAUGUGUUAUGUUUAAGUUUAUAAAUAAUAAAUAAUUAAUGUGUUUUUGGCAAGUUUGACAAA